AUGUCGGCACCCGCCUUCGACCGGCUCGAGCGCACCAUCUCGCAUGGCGUUCUCCAGCGCCCCCUCUCGACCGACGAGGAGAUGACCUUCCCCCAGCUCACCCAAGCCGGCCCUCACACCGACGCCUACCAAGAAACCUCGCCGACCGGCCUCGUCCUCGCCCGCGAAGCUGAAGCCGAUGUCGCUGCUGCCGUACGAACGCGGUCGCAGACAACGCUCGUCUCGCGCUCGCCAACCGGUGGCAAGGGCAUUGUCGACGCCGAGAAGGGGGCGCGCCUCGACGACGCCAAGCUCGUAACGUGGCUGCCGAACGACCCCGAGAACCCGCGUAACUGGUCGACGAAGAAGAAGUGGCUCCAAACGUUCCUCCCCACGAUCCUCUGCUUCGAAUCCGGAUUGGCCAGCUCGAUUAUAACCGGAGGCAUACCCGAAAUGGGCGAACACUUCGGCGUCAGCGAACUCGUCGCCGGCCUUACAGUCUGCGUCUUCGUCGUCGGCUUCGGUCUCGGACCUCUUCUUCUUUCGCCGUUGUCGGAGAUGUACGGCCGCAAGAUCGUCUACAUCGUCUCCAUGUUCCUCUUCUUCAUCUUCACCCUCCCAGAAUGCGUCACCGACAGCUUCGCCGUCCUCAUUGUGUUCCGCUUCCUCGCUGGCUGCUCGUGCGCAGGUACCAUGUGCAACGCGGCUGGUUCUAUCGGAGACCUGUGGGCGGUGAACGAGCGCGGCAACAAGAUGUUUGCCUUCAGCGGGAUCCUCUUCGCCUCUCCCUGCCUCGGUCCUCUCAUUGGUGGCGCCCUCACGGUUUCCGUCGGAUGGCGAUGGAUGUGGUGGGUGUUGUUCAUCUACGCUGGCGUCAACUGGGCGUUCUGCUCCGCCUUCCUCGUCGAAACAUACUCCCCAACUCUCCUUAAGUGGCGUGCUCAGAAGAUGCGCAAGGAGACUGGCGACCCCGAUAUCAUGACCGAGCAGGAGCGUCAGGGUCGCCCCCUCGCUGAAGUCGCUCGCGAGACCCUCCUCCGCCCGCUCGUCCUCCUUACGACCGAACCCAUCAUGAUCCUCUUCUCCGGCUACCUCUGCCUGAUCUACGGACUCCUUUACGCCUUCUUCUUCGCCUACCCCAUUGUCUUCGUCGCGCACGGCUUCAACGCCACCGAAAUUGGCCUCACCUUCCUCGCGGUGCUCGUCGGAAUCAUCCUCGUCAGCGCCACCGCCGGCCCGGUGCAAGAGCGCUAUUACCAGCGCAAGGUCGCCGAGAAUAACGGCGCCGAGAUUGACCCCGAGUACCGUCUUCCCCUCAUGAUGGGCUGCUCCACCCUCCUCCCCAUCUCGCUCUUCAUCUUCGCCGCGACGUCUAUCAAGCACGUCCACUGGGCUGGCGCUCUCGUCUCGGGCAUUCCGUUCGGUUUUGCGUUGGUUGGCAUCUACGUCAGUGCGAACACCUACAUCGCCUGCGCAUUCUCGCAGUAUUCGGCGAGUGCCAUGGCAGCCAAGACCCUCGCUCGCUCGAUGGUCGGCGCCUCGAUGCCCAUGUGGAUCCCUCCUCUCUACGCCUCGAUCGGUCACUUCUGGUCCGGCGCCCUCUUCGCCUUCCUCGCCGUCGCCAUGCUUCCCAUCCCCUUCAUUUUCUUCAAGUAUGGCGCCCAGGUCCGCGCCCGCUCCAAGUUGGCGACGUAA